CGGCGGAUGCGCGGAAGCCUCACUCCUGAUCGUGGGUGCGAACAAAGUGCUGGUGAAGCUACCGAAGCCUGUCUUUGAACAAUCUGCGUUUUCUGCCGAGUUAAGCUCAUCAAAUCAAGAUGCCUGAAGAAACCCAGGAUGUCGAGACCUUCGCCUUCCAGGCUGAGAUCGCUCAGUUGAUGUCAUUGAUCAUCAACACUUUCUACUCGAACAAAGAAAUCUUCCUCCGUGAGCUGAUCUCGAACGCAUCCGAUGCGUUGGACAAGAUUCGCUACGAAUCGCUCACCGAUCCGUCGAAACUCGAAGCUCAGAAGGAUCUGAGCAUCAGGAUCAUUCCCGACACCGAGAACAAGACGCUCACCUUGAUCGAUACCGGUAUCGGCAUGACCAAGGCAGAUCUCAUUAACAACCUUGGUACGAUCGCCAAGUCCGGUACGAAAGCUUUCAUGGAGGCGCUCCAGGCUGGAGCCGACAUCUCCAUGAUCGGUCAGUUCGGUGUGGGUUUCUACUCCGCGUACCUCGUCGCCGACCGUGUCACCGUGACGUCGAAGCACAACGACGACGAGCAGUACACCUGGGAAUCGUCCGCCGGAGGUUCGUUCACCAUCCGAGUCGACAACUCCGAGCCUCUCGGUCGUGGAACGAAGAUCGUUCUCCACCUGAAGGAGGACCAGAACGAGUACUGCGACGAGCGCAAGAUCAAGGAAGUCAUCAAGAAGCACUCCCAGUUCAUCGGUUACCCCAUCAAGCUCCUUGUUCAGAAGGAACGCGAAAAGGAGGUCUCUGAUGAUGAAGCCGAUGAGGCCGACGACAAGAAGGAGAAGAAGGAGGGUGACAUCGAGGACGUCGGCGAGGAUGAGGACGCUGACAAGGAAGGCGGUGACAAGAAAAAGAAGAAGAAAACCAUCAAGGAGAAAUACACCGAGGACGAAGAGCUCAACAAGACCAAACCGAUCUGGAUGCGCAACCCCGAUGAGAUCUCCGAAGAGGAAUACGGAGAGUUCUACAAGUCGCUCACCAACGACUGGGAAGACCAUUUGGCCGUGAGACACUUCUCCGUCGAGGGUCAACUCGAGUUCCGCGCUCUGCUCUUCAUCCCGAAGAGAGCGCCUUUCGACUUGUUCGAGAACAAGAAGCAGAAGAACAACAUCAAGCUGUACGUCCGACGAGUGUUCAUCAUGGACAACUGCGAGGAUUUGAUUCCCGACUACCUGAACUUCAUUCGGGGCGUCGUCGAUUCCGAAGAUCUCCCGUUGAACAUUUCCCGUGAAAUGCUCCAGCAAAACAAGAUCCUCAAGGUCAUCCGCAAGAACCUCGUCAAAAAAUGCAUCGAAAUGUUCGAGACCGUCGCCGAGAAGAAAGAUCUGUACAAGAAGUUCUACGAGCAGUUCUCGAAGAACAUCAAGCUCGGUAUCCACGAGGAUUCCCAGAACCGCAAGAAGUUGGCCGAUCUCCUUAGGUACUACACUUCCGCCUCGGGCGACGAGACCUGCUCCAUCAAGGACUACGUCGGUCGCAUGAAGGACAACCAGAAGCACAUCUACUUCAUCACCGGCGAGUCCCGCGAAGCUGUCGCCAACUCCGCCUUCGUCGAGCGUGUCAAGAAACGUGGCUUCGAGGUCAUCUACAUGAUCGAGCCAAUCGAUGAGUACUGCAUCCAGCAGCUCAAGGAGUACGACGGCAAACAACUGGUGUCGGUCACCAAGGAAGGCCUCGAACUCCCUGAGGAUGAGGACGAGAAGAAGAAGUUCGAGGAAGACAAGAAAAAGUACGAGAACCUCUGCAAAAUCAUGAAGGACAUCCUCGACAAGAAGGUUGAAAAGGUCAUCGUUUCGAAUCGUCUCGUGAGCUCCCCUUGCUGUAUCGUUACCUCUCAAUACGGUUGGUCGGCGAACAUGGAACGCAUUAUGAAGGCCCAGGCCCUCCGCGACUCAUCGACCAUGGGUUACAUGGCCGCCAAGAAACACCUCGAGAUCAAUCCGGAUCACCCGAUCGUCGAUCAGCUCCGAGCAAAGGCCGAAGUUGACAAGAACGACAAAUCUGUGAAGGAUCUUGUCCAUCUCUUGUUCGAGACUUCCCUGCUGUGCUCGGGCUUCAAUCUCGAAGAGCCCGGACAGCACGCUGGCCGAAUUUACCGAAUGAUUAAGCUCGGACUCGGAAUCGACGAUGACGGCAGUGACUCCGUCGAGAUGACCGAAGACGUCCCGCCCCCUCUCGAAGGCGCCGCUGAAGACGCCGCUCGCAUGGAAGAAGUAGAUUAAACAACUCGAGGAAAGACCGACAAACAUCGAGCAUUGAUCAUGACCAGCGAUCAUUCCUAUGUAAAUAAAAUCUCAUUUAUCCAUCGCGAAUUUCGAAGCCUUCUGUUUCUGUAAAGUCACAAAGUCGAUUGGUCGUCGUGAAAUGAGUAUUAGAACGAAGCUCCAAAGAAAUUUGUUACGAUAAUUGAUAUAAUAGUCAGAAUAAAGGAGAUUGAA